UGGCGGCGGCUGUGGUGGGGUCCGUGAGGCGCGGGCGGAGGCGAUUGCGGCGUCUGUGAGGGGUCCCGGGGUCCCGGGUGUUUCCGGGCCGGGGCCCCGCUGUGGGACGCACCAUGCUACGCUCGACCGGUUUCUUCCGAGCUAUUGACUGCCCGUACUGGACUGGGGAGGACGGGGGCCCCUGCCGGCGGCCCUAUUGCCACUUCCGGCAUCGCGGGUCCCGGGUCCCCGGGGCGUCCAGCAGCGGUGGAGCGGCGUCGUCCGCAGCAGGGCUCGGUUAUGACCCAUAUAACCCUGAGCUGCCCCCAUCUGUGGCGCAGAGGGAGAAUGGCACGCUGGGCCGGGGCGAUGAACCCAGCUCUGACAUGCUGGAGCUGGAGCUGGUCAACCAGGCCAUCGAAGCGGUUCGCAGUGAGGUGGAGCUGGAACAGCGGCGCUACCAGGAGCUCCUGGAGACUGCUGGGGGGGCCUCCGCCCUGGCACCUCGUAGCCCUGCUGCAGGCCUGGAUGAGGACACCUUCCCCCUGGCCUUCAGCUACACACCUGGCAGCCAUGGCCUGCUGAGCCUUGAUGACGGCUACCAGCCCACCCCACUGGCUGCUCCUGCCGAGCCAAGCAGCAAGUACUUGCUAGGCUCUGUGGAGAGGGGCCAGGGCAAAGUGGGAGGUGGCAGUGCCCUGGAGUAUGUCCCCAAGGCUGUGAGCCAGCCACGGCGUUAUGGCCGCCCUGUACCUAGCAGCAAGUACGUCGUGGACAACUCCAAGCCAUCCACAGACCUAGAGUAUGACCCGCUCUCCAACUACUCAGCCCGGCACCUCAGCAGAGCCAGUUCCAGGGAUGAGAGGGCCACCAAACGGCCACGUGGCUCCCGUGGCAGCGAACCCUACACACCUGCUCUCAAGAAGUCCUGUGACCCCUAUGGCAGCUGUGAGGCUAGGUUCUCAGACUCAGAAGAUGACAUAGCAAGUACCCCCAAGGCCGAUGUCAGCCCCUCCAAGGCCAAGGCCCAAGUCAGUCCCUCCAAGUCUGAUGUCAGUUCUCCAAAGGCAGAGCCCAGCUCCAAGAACAAGGCCACUGGGAAGCUGCCCCCCAAGAAGGGCUUGGAGCCUGAAGAAGGUGGCCUGCGUGAGACCAAGGAGAUGGCUGUUCAAUAUGAUGUGGGGGACCUUGGGCAGUCUCCCAAGGGUGCAGAUGAAGUGUCCCCUGCUAAGCCUGUCUCCCUAGCCCCAUCCUCCCAGUAUCCUGGAGGCCCCAAGGAGGGCAAGCACAAGAAGAGGAGACAUGGGGCCCCAGCCAGCCUCAGCCACAAGGACGGCGCCCGGAAGAAAGAUAAGAAGAAAGACAAGGACAGGGCCAGGCCUGCAGAGAAGCCCUGCACUGACAAGAAGACCCUGCCGGCUAGCAGCCCGCGGCACAAGAGCCAGCGCCCUGAAGGGACCAAGAAGAAGCCAUCUUUGGCCACCUUGGUGGCCAGCUCAGGGAAAGGGGGACCCAGCCACCCUGCUAGUGGGGGUCCCCGACUCCAGGACUCUGGUCCCAGUGCUCACUCACUGCCUAACAGAAAGGGCAGCGGUAAGACUCCCUCAGGAAAGCUUGUGGAGCGCAAGGCCCACUCCUUGGAUGAGGGUGCCCCCCAGGAUGCCCCCAAGCUGAAGAAGCGGGCUCUGAGCCACGCUGACCUCUUUGGAGACGAGAGUGAGGAGGAGGACAACGUGGGGUCCGGGGCACCUCAAGUCUGGCCCCCUGCCCUGCCGGGUCUCAGCUCAGACUCGGACUCAGACUCAGACUCCAGCCUGGGCUUGAGUGAAACACAGGUGGCCAAACGCCUCAAGGGCUCCCCACCCACAGCCCCCACACCUCCCUCGCCGUCGUCCUCCUCCUCCUCCUCCUCCUCAGGGGCUGGGGAGGACUCGGAGGAGGACGUGGAUUACUCGGCUCUGGAGAAGGAGGUAGACUUUGACUCAGAUCCCAUGGAGGAGUGUCUGCGGAUCUUCAAUGAGUCCACCAGUGUGAAGACGGAGGACAAGGGCCGGCUGGCCCGGCAGCCCCCCAAGGAGAAGGAUGAGAAGGAGUACACGGGCCUGACUACCUUGUUCCUGGGGCAGAAGAGGAGGGUCUCCCACCUCUGCAAACAAGGCAGGGAGGCAGAGCCCCCCAGAAGGGCCUCUGUGGCACCCCUGGCCCGGCCCCCAACUGCACAGGAGGUGUGCUACCGUCGGGCCCAGCAGGCACAGAGAGGGUCAGCUGGCUGGCUGCAAGCUGCUGUGCGGCCACCUGAGAGGCCCUCUUCCGUACACAUCUCGGCCCCAGGGGAGAAGAGGAGGAUCGCCCACGUCCCUAACCCCCGCCUCGCCACUGCCCCCACAGGUGCCAAGAGGACACUAGCGGCCAGCAGCAGCCAAGCUCUCCACGUCCCUGAGCCUGGCAGCCAGCCGCUGAAGACACGCACUCUGUCGGGGAUGGCGUCCAAAACGACCACCACCAUCACACCCAAGCGCAUCGCCCACAGCCCAUCGCUCCAGAGUCUAAAGAAACCCAUUAUCCCAAAAGAGUUUGGGGGCAAGGUCCCCACUGUGAUCCGCCAGCGCUAUCUAAACCUGUUUAUCGAAGAAUGUCUCAAGUUCUGUUCAUCUAACCAGGAGGCCAUUGAGAAGGCACUGAAUGAGGAGAAAGUGGCCUAUGACCGCAGCCCCAGCAAGAACAUCUACUUGAAUGUGGCUGUUAACACCCUCAAGAAGCUGAGGGGCCUGGUCCCCUCCACAGGACCCAGCCUCAGCAAAACCAGCAACCGUAGAGUUGUGUCCCAUGAGGUUGUGCUAGGGGGCAAAUUGGCCACCAAGACCAGCUUCUCACUGAGCCGCCCCAGCAGUCCACGCGUAGAGGAUCUGAAAGGGACCACCUUGUACAGCCGCCUCAGGGAGUACCUGCUCACCCAAGAGCAGCUGAAAGAGAAUGGCUACCCCUUCCCCCACCCUGAGCGCCCAGGGGGUGCCGUCAUCUUCACAGCUGAGGAGAAGAAGCCCAAGGACUCCUCGUGUAGGAUCUGUUGCCGCUGUGGCACUGAAUACCUUGUGUCUUCUUCGGGUCGCUGUGUGCGCAACGAGGAGUGUUACUACCACUGGGGGCGACUCAGGCGGAACCGAGUGGCUGGGGGUUGGGAGACACAAUAUCUAUGCUGCUCAGCGGCUGUCGGCUCUGUGGGCUGUCAGGUUGCCAAGCAACACGUGCAGGAUGGCCGGAAGGAGAACCUCGAGGGCUUCGUGAGGACCUUUGAGAAGGAGCUUCCUGAGGACACCCAUGCAGGGGUCUUCGCCCUUGACUGUGAGAUGUCCUACACCACUUACGGUCUGGAGCUGACCCGCGUCACGGUGGUGGACACGGACAUGCAGGUCGUGUAUGACACCUUCGUCAAGCCCGACAACGAGGUGGUUGACUAUAACACCAGGUUCUCGGGGGUGACGGAGGCCGAUCUCACAGACACGAGCAUCACACUUCGGGACGUUCAGGCCGUCCUGCUUAGCAUGUUCAGUGCUGACACCAUUCUUAUUGGGCACAGUCUGGAGAGUGAUCUACUGGCCUUGAAGGUCAUCCAUAGCACUGUGGUGGACACAUCCGUGCUGUUCCCACACCGCCUGGGCCUGCCCUACAAGCGCUCCCUGCGGAACCUCAUGGCCGACUACCUCAGACAGAUCAUCCAGGACAAUGUGGAUGGACACAGCUCCAGUGAGGAUGCCAGCGCCUGCAUGCACCUGGUCAUAUGGAAGAUCCGUGAAGAUGCCAAGACCAAGCGGUGACUCCCGCCGCCCCUGCCAUCAUCCCUGCAGCCCCUUCCUGCCACCCAGUUGCCCUGAGCCCCAGGCCUCUUCUGAAUCAGUGCAAUAAAUGUCAGAGCUAACUGCACCGCCACCGCAGGCACACCUGGAGCCCAGCCCCAUGCCGUCCUGGCUGCCACCCCAGGCCUGCCCACCCCAGGACAGGGACUGACCAAGCUUAGAUCUACACCCCUACCAGGUUCCCAGUGGCUGGGUUUGGCUCCUGCCCCUGAUCUGCCCUCUCUGGCAGUCGCGGGCUUCUGUGAUACAGGAGCUGUCUUUUUUUUUUUUAUUUUGUACUGUUAUUUUUAUUGAUUUUUAAUUUAAAUCCAUUGGCUGGCACAGAGGUGCCCUGGCACCACCUCCUGUGGGGGACAAGGGUGGACAAAGCCAAAACCCCAGCUAUAGGUAGGCCCAUCCAGCCUGGUGGACCUGGAUGGCCACCCUGCCUUGGGGUGCUGGCUUCCAGAAGUUAGCCCAGACCACCUGGAUAUCCUGACCAUCCAUGACCUGGUCAUAGCCCCCCCAAACCUCGGGGUUUCUGGACUGUCUUCCUGGGAGUCCUCUUCCCUCUAGCAGGCCUGGGAUAGAAUAAAUGUCUGGAUUUUAGACUCUGGGUUGUGCUGCUCUUGGGGCCAGGCAAGACCUGUAUACCCUGUAGGGCCCCUGCCCCCUCCCCCCACCCAGGCUGAGAGAGGGAAAUGCUCACUGGGACUAAAGCUGGUGCUGCUCUAGGAUGUCACAGGCCUGUGCCACCUGCUCUGGGAACCCUGUCCUAGAGGGUGGCCUGCGUUCCUCCUAGCCCCAUCCUGCUGGGGUCUUAGGGAAUGGCCUCGCUAUCCAUGCCAUGUGACUGGCUGGAUCAACCCCAUGUGUUGAUUAUGCCGCCUUGUGGGAUGGACAGGUGAGAGGUCCUCUGACCCUUUCCCCCUGCGCGCCCCAACACCACUGAUUAGGAAGUAGGAAGCCAGGCUGAAGAACCCUGCAAACAGGAGAUGCAGGUUCUAGCAGUCAGUGAGGGAGCAGCCUGCAGAGGGCGCUCUGCCACCUCACUUCCCUUUCAGGUCUGGGUCUGGAGUCAGCGGAGCGAGCCCUGAGAAUCCAUCUUGGGGUUGUAUAGACAGCCCUCUAGGAUCCUUGGUUAAGUCAGGGCCACUCUCACCCUCAGGGGCUCUUCUUGUGACCAAGUGAACUACCCCCACCUUCUGUAAACACAUUUUCUAAUAAAUGGUGCCGAUGUAUUCACAGAA